AUGGCUCGUGUAGGAUACACCAGGCAGCAACCCAAGCUAGGCGGUCGCAAGAUACGGCGAGCAAAAUCAGGAAAGGAGACAGGAAGGCAGCCAACACAUAUCCUCCAUACUGAACCGGCAGACCGCGUGCAACCAACUCCACAUAUACGUGGUUGCUUCCCACCUCGUACCUCGCGGCGUCUCAGCAGGCGGCGACCAGGCGGGGGCGGCGAGUCCCGGCAGGCGGCGGCGGCGGCGGCGGCGAGGACCGGAAGGCGGCGACCAAGCGGCGGCGGCGGCGGCGGCGGCGGCGGCGGCGAGCACCGGCAGGCGGCGACCAGGCGGGGGCGGCGAGUCCCGGCAGGCGGCGGCGGCGGCGGCGGCGGCGGCGGCGAGGACCGGAAGGCGGCGACCAAGCGGCGGCGGCGGCGGCGGCGGCGGCGGCGGCGAGCACCGGCAGGCGGCGACCAGGCGGGGGCGGCGAGUCCCGGCAGGCGGCGGCGGCGGCGGCGGCGAGGACCGGAAGGCGGCGACCAAGCGGCGGCGGCGGCGGCGGCGGCGGCGGCGGCGAGCACCGGCAGGCGGCGACCAGGCGGGGGCGGCGAGUCCCGGCAGGCGGCGGCGGCGGCGGCGGCGGCGGCGGCGAGGACCGGAAGGCGGCGACCAAGCGGCGGCGGCGGCGGCGGCGGCGGCGGCGGUGUGGCAAAAGACAGUUACGAGGAGCCUGUGUUGCUGUCGCUAAAGCUGUUACAUGUUAAUCUGAGGUUCUGGGGUUUGUCGCCAGAUCUUGUGGUGACAACAGGUGACCACUAA